AUACAAAAAAUAACAAAUUUCACAACAUUUCUUCUCUAUGAGUCUUCUUUGUUUUAUUUUUACAAAAGUUUUUGAUUUCUCAUCUCCUUUACCUAAUUUCUACGUUCUUCAUUUCAAUUCUUCUCACACAUGAUACAAUGCACAAUACUCUGUCAUCUUCUUAUCAGUUAUAUUAGCAGUUUGUAAAGUGGUAGUGUAAAAAUAUCUCAAAAACUAUUUCCAAGGCGAAAAGCAAUUUCCCACGAAAUGUAACAAGUGGAAAAAUGGAAAAUACACCAAAUGAAUUUUAUCUAAGUAUUCUCGAGAGAGAUACGGCUUUGUUAUUCGAGAAUUUUAUUAGCGAAUUCGUGAGCUAUAAUCAAAACCUUGAUCUGCUGACAUCUUUAGCAAAAUGUCUUCUACAAAAACCAUUCGUCUGCAUGAAGCUGCUGGACAACGCAUCAAGAGACAAUCCUGGUUGCUUGGACCUCGUCAACCGGAUAAAACGCCUGGCAUUACAAAUCUACUUUGAAUCCAGCCAAGAUGAGGAUGACGUAUUAAAGUUUAUAAAUUUUCUCGUAAAUCUCGAACUCCCUGAGCCUAUUCUCAAAAAAAAAUCAGAUAAGAUUAAUGAAAUUGGUCGUAAGGCCGGUGAUCAUUUUUAUAUGGCUCUGCUGGCCAAUACAAACUUGGAUUUUCUUCUAUAUCCUGCCUUUUCCAAGCAAUCCAUUGACUAUUUUUCCAAAGAAGUGAUACUCUCGGAAGCCCUUAAGAACAAUGUACACUUUGUUAAACUGGCCAUCCAAAGACAAAAGAAUUUCGCUGAUAUCACUACUGAUAGUUACAUGCGAAACGCACUGAUCUUAGCCAAAGUAGCAAAUGAAUUCAAUUCUAUGAACCAACCAAUUGAUGAAGUGGGCAAUCUUAAGAAAAUGCUUGAGCUCUACGAUUGCCAAAGUGCAUCUGAGGUUCAGAAUAUUUUCUUCAAUGAUUUUCGCCGAUUGGGGAACAAUAUUGACUUCCUGCGUAAAUACAAUUCCUCUGUAAUCGCGAUAGGAACUUUAAUCGAAACAAAUGGCAUCCUUCCAUUUAUCUAUGACCAUAAGAACAUCAUCCUCAUAGGUUAUGAUGAGAUCCGUCAGGUAAUCGAGAGCAACCACACAUUCGAGAACCAAUCGACUGUGUUGGCCAGCAUGAGGGAUUCCGAAUUGGAAACCCUCACCUAUUUCUUUGUUUUGGCCGGUGUCUACGACAUCAUCAUCAAUCGUAGCAAGGUCUUCGAAAAGUUCUAUGAAUUCGCUCAGGAAAAGAUAAGCCGAUUGAAGAUUAUCAUAAGACAGAUUCGAAACAUUGAUGUUUUGUGUAAUUUAAUGGAAGACAUUUUUCAACUGGUGUUUUUGCGCUGGGAGCAUUUAGAUUCCACAACAGCUAGCCGCCACUUCGAUAAAAAGAAGUCCACCUCUAGCACAGAUGCUGCAGAAACUCGCCCUGAGACAGGUCUAUCUGCAGGUGGACGUCACGGGUUUAUUUGCCAAGGAGCUGCACUAAAGUUUAUCUUUAGUUUCCUCAAACAUUUCAUCACUCAGAAACUACACAGCGAAGAAUAUAAAAUCUGCUCGGAGAGAAUAAAAUUACGGUUCACUCGAGUAAUGGAUUGUAUAAAUGAUGGGCUAUGGAAAUAUUCGGUGCUGGAGAAGAUCUGUGACACAGAGGUAGAGAGCUUCCAAAUGGAAGCGGAAGAUUUGUUACAACUAGUUCAGCUACACAGGGAAAAUAUUGAAAAAACCAGCAGUGAGGAUGAAAGUAAGGAAAGAAUCAACUAUGCCAGUUUGUCGAGAAGGAAAGCAAAGAAACGGAGAAGAGCCACGUUUGGGGGAGGUGAACAGCAGCGAAUCGGUGUUGGAAUCGCAAGGAAGCCGGGCGGUGUUAUUUUGACAGAUAUAUCGAAUCGAAAGAGUAUAAUACCAAAUAUGUUGACCACACCAGAGAAUCUCGCCAUCAUGGCUCUCGCGAUGAAGAACUUCAACGAUGUUAAGUACAUCAUUCAGACCUUCAACUUGCAUAACACUGAACUCAAUCGAGAACUAAAAUACGUCGAGAACCAGCAGCAAACCACCCGAAAACUAGAAUUGAUCUACGAAAGUUAUUUGCAACAAGCCCUACAUACUAAAGAUCCUCAAGCAACAGUUGAAAGAAUUAAAAAAGCAGCUGCCAAGGGUUUUGAGGCUUCGAAAAUAAUCAGCAUUGUUGAUAAUUUCGCCAAUGCCAAUACAUUCGAGAACAGUGAUGAGGUUCAAGCGUUUCUCGAAAAAUAUUCUCAUAGCUAUCCAUUUCUGCAGAAUUAUCAGGGACCGAAUGUUCGAGCGGUUGUUGCCGCUGAUUUGAUCUUAAAUUUGAAUAUAAAUUACGAUAUUAUAGCAAAUAUAGUUCCGGUGAUAAGAAGGAUGUGCAAAUUGCCAAAGAUAUCGUCCUCGUUGUCGGUGAAUUCAGGAUUACCCAGUGAAAUGGGUUGUUUGAAUUUUUUAGACAAUGUCUGCGAGUGUAUGAGGCUGAUAAAGUCACACAAUCGGUCAGAUAUUGGGCUCAAAGAUCUACUCUGCAACAGUUUCUAUUCCUUAAAGCCCAAAAAACUCUCCAUCGAGCUUAAUCGUGAGAAGAUAUUCAAGGAUACAUUCUCAAAAACUGAAGGUGAUUUGCAGCGCAUAGACGACCUCAAAAUGCUGGCCAACGAUUUCGCCGAACUCAAAACAAAGUCCAAUUACUUCGUCCGAUUUCUUUCUUACAUCGGGCAUCUUGCAAAAUUCGUUCAAAUAAGAGACAAGCAGGCUGAAUUCUUUACCUCAGCUUUGCUUCGAUUCGAUGCUAGCGAUAUAAUCGGUGAAUUGAUUUUCGAAGAGAACAUGACACCACUGGAAAUCGAAUCACAUGUUGUGGCUUUGAAUUUAAAUCUUAUCCAUGUGAUUGCUCUAAAUAUUUGCCCCGAGGUUUGUGGCAAGGAGCGUAAUCAGUUGCGGUACAAUCGAACAACCGAAGAAAAAUUUCAGUCGAUCUUUAAUUAUAUAUCAAAUCAGAACGCUUUGUUGGGUUAUGUUUUACAGAAAAUUAGGGGUCCUGCUGAGACUCAGACAAACUGCAUGAUGAAUGAUGAAUUUUUACAGAGAUUCAUUGAAUUCGAAAGUGUUAAUUGUCUAUCAAAGAUAUACGAAGGGAAUCCGGUACUAGCUGGGCUUCUCUCACACACCAUCGACAAAGUACGUAUGAGCAAGUUGGAUAAGAAAAUCGAAAUGUACGAUAUUUUACAAAAUUGUCAAGAACAAGUUCGUGAUAGAGAGACACAUCUCAUUGAAAAGGACAAAGUUAUCAUGGAUCUUAUAGCCACUGACACCAAAUACGUUUAUCUAGCCGCGGAUAUUGAGAAUAUCAACGUUCGAUCAAAGUUGAUUUUCAAGAAUUUUACAAGAGUAUCAAGUUCUGGUUUGGCCAAGGAUCUAAUUGAAAGCACAUUAUUGCAUUGGAAUGCCAAAGACAUAGACAAUGAUCUUAGAACAAAUUUGGAACGAACUCUCUCAGAUAUAAGCACUUAUUCGGAGGUUUCGUCAGUGCUAGAAUUUGAAUCUUGGCCACAAGCUUAUGAUUUUGGUUUAAAGACUCCCAAUACUAUUCUUCAAAAACUCCUUUCACUAGGACAUUUCAAGCUGUGCUAUGAUUGGUGCUGUGUAGUUCAACUAUCGGUUUCGUUUGUUCAUCAAAUAAAAUCCUUUUUUGUAACCUUUCUCGAAAUUCUCAUUCAGCUAGAAGAAGAUUUUGAUCGACAUAUUCUUCAAACAAUUGAAACCUUCCCAAAACUAGAAAUUUGCCAAUUUUACGAUUCCAAUAAACAUAAAUUUCGCUCAGUUAAUUUGCUCAAUUAUGUUAUAGAUUUUCUAAGCCAAAAUAUUAGGAAUAUGACAAAUUUGCGAAACUACAAAGUUUCUUUGAAGAUUUUCGAACAACUUACACCAACGGAACGGGACCAGAAUUGGAAUCUAUUGAGUAAACCUUUGCUGAUUGUGGAACAAUUGAUCAUGAAUGUUAAAUUCAAAGAGCUAGCAAGGAUACUAGAAGCAAUCAGACCCCUCUUGGAGGAUAAUCAAACAAACUGCCUUACAGUUGGGGGAUUGUGUAAAUUUUGUUUUGACAAACGAGGAAAUAUCUAUGAUAUUUACUCGAAGAAGUCGAAUAACUUUACCCUUGGCAGUGAGAGUAGCUCGGCUUUUAUAUUGCUUAAUUUCAAUUUAUACCAAAAGGAUCACGUUAUAACGCUAGAGUGCGUGGAUUUGCUGUUGAGAAUUUAUGCAACUAAGGCUCUUGAUUACCAAAUUCGGGAGAUGACAGUCUCUUCAGAGAGGGUUUCUCAGUCGACUGAUAUGGCCUCGCUAGACUCACUUUGUGGGGCCUUUGUAAUGCCCCAUAAUGCACCCGACAGGGACAAGUGGGUGCAAGAUGACGAAGCUGCGCAUUGCAUGUGCUGCCGGCGUGCAGUGUUUACAAUGCUCAUGCGACGUCAUCAUUGUCGGCGUUGCGGCAGAGUCGUUUGCUUUGCUUGUUCCACAAAUCGAAUGCAAAUUCCUGAGCUGUACGAAGAUGUUGGUGUGAGAGUCUGCAACGAUUGUAUAAAACAAACCCAAGAGCUAUAUGCCAAGAUGAAUGCAAACAAGUCUUCCGUUUCAACUUCAGUAGACAGAAAAUAUAAGUUUAGUGAUUAUGGUGAAGCAGACCCGCGCUGGAAACUGAGUGGAAACAUUACCCAUGACAAGCUCUUACGUGAGGAAUUCUGCUAUGAACACGCUCCAAGUGUUGCUUUGUGCCUAUCCAUUCUUUCUUAUCACACCGACAAUAGAAAAUGUGUAGAUCUUUUGCUUUUUCAUUGUGGAAAGCUGGAGAAACUUCUUGUUCCAAACCCCGAAGUUGAUUAUGAGCUUAUUGCAAAAAUGAUGAAUUGCUUGGCACUGGCUGCCAAGGUUCGAGGUGGUCCUCCUGAAGUCGAGACAAUUCGAGAGCAUUCGGAUAUUAUUAUGUCUGUGGUGCAAAAUGGCUGUGAAGCUCUAAUCCCUGCAGGACCAUUAAAUAAUCAAAAUCUCCGCAAAUUAGCCGAUUCACUUGUUCAAGUCGAAAAAUGGCAACUGGCUCUAGAAAUUCAUUGGAAAUGUGGCUUUCCCACUGCCGGCGUAAUGGCCGCUCAUGGACUAGCUUGUUUACGAGCCGGUAGCUUCGAAACUGCAAAAGAAAAACUCUCGCAUUGCAUGACAAAACAUUCUUCCGAACAGGAAAAUUCUGCCAUCAUAAAAAUAAUUUCAAACGAUGCAGAAUUUGUGGACUUGAAUAAGAAAAUUGACAUUCCUACAAUAAAGCGACCAAACAGAAGUCCACCAUUGCUACAAGAAGUAUUGAAAAUAAUUGAAUCUAUUCCAUGUUCUAAGCUACAACCAGAGACUCUGGCUAGGGCGUCUAUUAUUAGGAACUCAAAUACAUCCCUAGCAUCGCUGGUGUCUAAGCGUCGUGAGACCAUUCCAUUGCAUGAAGCCCCCAUUAAUAUUCUCAAUACAUUGGCAAGUCUCAAGCAAUUAUCCAAAGGCCAGUAUUCUGAAAAUGCAAAUCUUAACUCGCUUGACAAUAAAAGACAUAUUCUAAGGCAGUCGAGGAUUUUUGAAGAAAGUCUUCAUUAUGUCAUAACCUAUGGAUCACAUUCGGACAUCGUGGACUUCUUCAUAAGACAUCAAGAACUAUCUACCGCCUUGAAGUAUUUUAUAAUCCAAGGACAAGAUGUGGACUUGUUUAUUCAUCAUAUAUUCCUGGGAUUUCUGAGAACUGGAUCAAUUGGCGAACUUAUUCAGUCGAUGACUGACAUCGAUGAGCACUUGGGGGUAUGGAAAGAAGCCAUACUAGGUACUUGUCGGUUUCUUGAGACAAAGGGCCUAUUAAAUUGCCUUUAUCAAUUGCAAAUCAUCCUUAAAGACCCCGUGCGAGCAAGUAUGACAUGUGUGAAAUUUUACUCUAUGAAUUGCCAGAAUUUCAAACAACUUCAUGCGAAUUCUAUGCAUCUAAAAAAUGCUCAUCGCCAUUUGCAGUCUGAAUUGGAAAUGAGUCAAUGGGAGAGGAUAAACCUAGAUCAACGGAAGCAGCAACCAUCGACUGGCUCCAAUACGUUGUUGAUGCAAAUGGAUGCGAAAAGCUUGAAUGCUCACAUCAAUACUCUUCUUCGCCAGAUGGAUGUUGCGAAGUUUUUGGCUCAAUGCGAAGACGAACAACCCAUGGAAAAUGGAAUGCUUAUUACUGAGUACAUUUUGAAGCAGAUUCGAAUUGAUACGCACAGCCUUCCGACCCUUUUUGAUUCUCCUCAAGCAAAGAUUCAAAUUUGUAUUUUAAUUUUACUCAGUGGCAAGAACAUAGAAGAAGGAUUCGGCUUAGCUUAUCGCAUUAUUCAAAACUACAAACUACCAAUAAUGAAAGUGUUUGGUGCAACAGCCAAGUAUCUAGCACGAAAUGGUCGCCUUGACGAAACCGAAAAACUACUCAACUGUAUUAUUGGUAAUAAUGGUACGACUAAUCGUGAAAUUGAUGAAAUUCUUUCGAUUGCCAUCAAUUCGGCUACAAAUAAUCACCAACCAGAAGUGAAAACAGCAUUAGAUAACUUGGCUAAGAAAAUAAACAGCAUGGAACUGAGAAUUUCAAGCUAUAUUUUCAUUGGUCAAUUGAAAGCGGCCUAUUUAUUAGCAAUACAACACAAUCGAUUGAAUGAUAUUAGAAAGAUAUUAAAUCAAGCUGAGGCUACCAACCAGGUGCAUAUUAAAAAGUUAUGUGAGAAGAAGUUGAGCAUGAGUAAUAAGAUGGAAGGAAAGUGAGCGAAUGGUUUCUAUUUUCAUUAAAUGGUCAUAAUCUUAGUUAAGUCGAUAUUUACAUUUACGCUUGUUUAAUAGCUUUGUUUAUUAAAAUUUUUGUUUUCUUUUUGAAUUUACUUUGAGUGCAUGCAACGUAUUUUAACGAUAAAUUUCGUUACAUUAUACAAUAUUUAAGGGAUAUAUUAAAAUUAUAUAACAAAUAAAUAUAAAAAAAACUUUAA